CUCUGAAGUGACGUUGGAGGACGUGAUUGGUGGGCGGUUCUGGUAUAUAUCCGUCCGGCUUCAAUCCCACCUUCUCGCCAGUGGAAUUUCAUCUCAGCUUCUGCACCUUCAGGGCAGACGAGAACAUAAAAAUAAGCAAAAGCUGGCAGGCUGACGGGAACUUUCAUCUUUACAGGACGGAUUAUCUGGUAACUGACCAUUUAGCUGUGGCACACUCGGACUCUGUGUUAACGUGGGAUUUCGACCAUGAGCUCAGUCGCUGUACUUACGCAGGAAACCUUCAAUGCGCACCGCAGUGGGCUUUUGCCAGAGCAGGGUGGUGCUGCUGUGGCAGGACCCAGUGCUGGAGAGGAUGAGGAAGCCCUUCCUACCUACAAGGAAGCCUUCCCACCUCUCCCCGAGAAGGCGUCCCAACCUGAGGGGACCCAGGAAACUUCCAGCGCCUGGGCAUCAAAGAUCCGUCCUCUCAAGUCUUCGAUUAUCACCCAGGUUUUCCAUGUGCCGUUGGAGGAGCGCAAGUACAAGGACAUCAACCAGUUUGGGGAAGGAGACCAAGCAAAGGUUUGCGUAGACAUCAUGCAUAAGACCGGAGCCCACCUGGAACUCUCCUUAGCAAAAGAUCAGGGUCUCUCCAUCAUGGUGUCUGGAAAGUUGGAUGCCGUGAUGAAGGCCCGUAAGGAGAUUGUGUCCCGACUGCAGACUCAGGCUUCAGCUAGUGUUGGCAUCCCCAAGGAGCACCAUCGUUUUGUCAUUGGCAAAAACGGGGAGAAGCUUCAGGAGCUGGAGCUCAAGACUGCCACCAAAAUCCAGAUCCCACGACCUGACGACCCCAGCAACCAGAUCAAGAUCUCUGGUACCAAGGAGGGGCUGGAGAAGGCAAAGCAUGAGAUCCUGUUGAUCUCUGCUGAGCAGGACAAGCGUGCUGUGGAGAGGGUGAACAUUGAAAAAGUGUACCACCCAUUCAUCACCGGUGCCUACAAUAAGCUAGUGGGCGAGAUGAUGCAAGAGACUGGUGCCCGCAUCAAUGUCCCCCCUCAGAGUGUGAAUAAGACUGAGAUCGUCAUCACUGGGGAAAAGGAGCAGGUGGCCCUUGCUGUGACUAAGAUCAAGAAGGUUUAUGAAGACAAGAAAAAGAACACCACCACUAUUGCGGUGGAGGUGAAGAAGUCUCAGCACAAAUAUGUGAUCGGCCCCAAGGGAAACACCCUGCAGGAGAUUCUGGAUAAAACUGGCGUCUCAGUUGAGAUCCCACCUUCUGACAGCAGCUCAGAAACUGUCAUCCUUCGUGGAGAGCCCGACCGUCUGGGUCAGGCUCUCACUGAAGUUUAUGCCAAGGCAAACAGUUACACUGUUUCCUCGGUCUCAGCUCCUUCUUGGCUUCAUCGUUUCAUUAUUGGGAAGAAGGGCCAGAACUUGGCAAAGAUCACUCAACAAAUGCCCAAGGUGCACAUUGAGUUCACUGAGGGAGAAGACAAGAUCACCCUGGAGGGUCCUACCAAAGAUGUGCAAAUGGCGCAAGGCCAGAUUGAAGCCAUGGUUACAGAUUUGGUAAGCCGAAUGGACUAUGCAGAGAUUAGUGUGGAUCCCAAAUUCCACCGUCACCUGAUUGGAAAAGGAGGUGUUAAUAUCAACCGGAUCAAAGAGGUGCACAAGGUGACUGUCCGCAUCCCCCCUGAUAAUGAAAAGAGCAACCUGAUCCGCAUUGAGGGGGAUCCCCAGGGUGUGCAGGAAGCCAAGAAGGAGCUGCUAGAGCUUGCGUCACGCAUGGAGAACGAGCGUACAAAGGACUUGAUCAUCGAACAACGUUUUCACAGGGCCAUCAUUGGCCAAAAAGGGGAGAAGAUUAAGGAAGUGCGGGACAAAUUCCCAGAGGUCAUCAUUAACUUCCCUGACCCAGCACAGAAAAGUGACAUUGUUCAACUUCGGGGCCCAAGAACUGAAGUAGAAAAAUGUUCAAAGUUUAUGAACAAGAUAGUGGCUGAAAUGGUGGAGAACAGCUAUUCUGUCUCAGUCCCCAUCUUCAAGCAGUUCCACAGAAACAUCAUUGGAAAAGGAGGGUCAAACAUCAAGAAGAUUCGAGAGGAAACUAACACCAAAAUUGAUCUGCCUGCUGAGAACAGCAAUUCAGAGAUGAUUGUCAUCACUGGGAAGAAGGCAAACUGUGAAGCAGCACGGACUCGGAUCUUGGCCAUUCAGAAGGAUCUGGCGAACAUCUCAGAAGUGGAUGUGUCCAUUCCUUCGAAGCUGCACAACUCCUUGAUUGGUUCGAAGGGACGUUUGGUGCGAUCCAUCAUGGAGGAGUGUGGCGGUGUGCACAUUCACUUUCCCACAGAGGGCUCAGGGAUUGAUAAGGUCACCAUCAGAGGCCCUGCAGAGGAGGUGGCGAAGGCUAAGCAGCAGCUGCUUGCCUUGGCGGAGGAGAAGCAAACAAAGAGUCACACUGUUGAGCUGCAUGCAAAACCAGAGUACCACAAAUUCCUUAUUGGGAAAGGUGGUGGAAACAUCCGUAAGGUUCGUGACAGCACCGGCGCCAGAAUCAUCUUCCCCACCCCUGAGGACAAAGACCAGGAACUCAUCACUGUGGUUGGCACCGAGGAAGCGGUGCGGGAUGCACAGAAAGAGCUGGAGGAACUCAUCAAGAGCUUGGACAAUGUUGUUGAGGACACUAUGAACGUUGACCCCAAGCACCAUCGCUACUUUGUAGCCCGCCGCGGCCAAGUCCUUAGGGACCUUGCUGAUGAGUAUGGUGGGGUUAUGGUGAGCUUCCCCCGCACAGCUUCUCAGAGUGAUAAAGUUACCCUUAAAGGAGCCAAAGAGUGUGUGGAAGCUGCCAAAAAACGCAUGCAGGAGAUCGUGGAGGACUUGGAUGCUCAAGUGACUAUGGAGUGUGUAAUUCCUCAGAAGUUCCACCGUUCAAUCAUGGGUCCUAAGGGCUCACGGAUCCAGCAGAUCACUAGAGAUCACAACGUGCAGAUCAAGUUCCCAGAACGCGAGGACCCACAAGCUGCACCUCCUGCAGAGGCUCCUGUCCAGGAGAAUGGAGAAGCUGAGGGUGAAGUGAAGGAGCCAGUUGAUCCCAACGCACCCAAGAAGUGCGAUGUGAUUAUAAUUUCUGGACGCAAAGAGCGGUGCGAGGCUGCCAUCGAAGCACUGAAGGCCCUGGUUCCUGUCACUAUUGAGGUGGAAGUGCCUUUUGAGCUUCAUCGCUACAUCAUUGGACAGAAAGGAAGUGGAAUUCGCAAGAUGAUGGAGGAUUUUGAGGUUAAUAUUCAAGUGCCUGCUCCUGAGCAGCAGUCUGAUAAAAUCGCCAUCACCGGCUUGGCCAGUCUUCUCGACCGCGCCAAAGAGGGCCUCCUGGAGCGCGUCAAAGAGCUGCAGGCCGAGCAGGAGGAUCGGGCACUCAGGAGCUUCAAGCUGACCAUCACUGUGGACCCCAAGUAUCACCCCAAGAUAAUCGGCCGCAAGGGUGCCAUUAUUACAACCAUCCGCACUGAGCAUGAUGUUAACAUCCAGUUCCCAGAGAAGAAUGAUGAAAACCAGGAUCAGAUUACUAUUACAGGGUAUGAGCACAAAGCCAUAGCUGCACGAGAUGCCAUCCAGGCCAUCGUGGAUGAGCUGGAAGAGAUGAUCUCUGAGGACAUUACCCUGGACAGCAGGGUCCAUGCCCGCAUCAUUGGCGCCCGUGGCAAGGGCAUUCGCAAGAUCAUGGAGGAGUUUAAGGUUGAUCUCAGGUUUCCCCAGAGUGGAGCUGCAGACCCGAACCUCGUGACAGUCACCGGUCGCCCUGAGCUUGUGGAUGAAGCCAUCGACCAUCUCCUCAACCUGGAAGAGGAAUACAUGGCAGAUGUUGUGGAAAAUGAGGCAAAGAUGGCUUAUAUGAGGCCUUCUGGCAGUAGCGCUGCUGCCGCGGACGAACAGCGUGGCCCAUCCAAAGGCUUCGUGGUGAGGGAGGCUCCCUGGGCUACUGCCAAUGAGAAGGCCCCUGAUAUGAGCAGCUCUGAAGAUUUCCCAAGCUUUGGAGCCCCGGUGGCAACCAAGGCCUCACCCUGGGGACCAAAGCGCUUCUAAGCCGUGCUGCUACAGACGGGCCUGAAAUUAACCAACACAAUCUACCCCGUUAUUCUCCCCAACCCCCUCUUGACCUGGACUGACCGCUGACCCUAAAAGUCUUCAGUUCUGAGACUGUCAUCCUUCUGUCUACUUAUCUCGGUCUAGCCUCGCAGAUUCAGUCUAAAAGUGUUCUAAGAUACUGUAAUUGACUUGUGAGCUCUGUUUCUGCAUUAAAUACUGUCUUAUGCUUAAAAAAAAAAAAAAAAAAAAAAGGAAAAAAAAGACCAUUGUUACGGUGACGU